AUGAGAGCGACAGAGAUUGCGUUGGUUUUGAUUUGGUUUCUUGGUGUUUAUGUUCCUGCUUGUUUUUGUACUAAUGUUACCUAUGAUCAUAGAGCAUUGCUCAUUGAUGGAAAACGCAGGGUCUUAAUUUCUGGUUCUAUUCAUUAUCCUCGUAGUACUCCACAGAUGUGGCCAGACCUUAUUCAGAAAUCCAAAGAUGGAGGAAUUGAUAUCAUUGAUACAUAUGUUUUCUGGAAUUUACACGAACCGGUUCGAGGACAGUAUAAUUUUGAAGGUAGAGGGGAUUUGGUUGGAUUUGUGAAGGCAGUUGCAGCAGCAGGUCUGUAUGUUCAUCUCCGGAUAGGUCCAUACGCAUGUGCUGAAUGGAAUUACGGUGGCUUCCCUCUUUGGUUGCAUUAUAUUCCGGGAAUUAAGUUCAGAACUGAUAAUGAACCAUUCAAGGAAGAAAUGAAGCGGUUUACGGCGAAGAUUGUGGAUUUGAUGAAGCAAGAGAAGCUCUAUGCAACACAAGGAGGACCUAUUAUUUUAUCUCAGAUUGAAAAUGAGUAUGGAAACAUUGAUAUAAGCUAUGGUCCUGCUGCUAAAACCUACAUCAAUUGGGCAGGAUCGAUGGCUACAUCUCUUGAUACAGGUGUUCCCUGGGUUAUGUGCCAGCAAGCAAAUGCACCCGAUCCAAUUAUUAAUACGUGCAAUGGAUUUUACUGCGAUCAAUUCACGCCAAACUCUAACCAGAAACCAAAAAUGUGGACUGAGAAUUGGACUGGAUGGUUUCUUGCGUUUGGAGGUGCUGUGCCUUACAGACCUGUAGAAGAUCUUGCAUUUGCUGUUGCACGCUUUUUUCAGCGAGGUGGAACUUUACAAAAUUACUACAUGUACCAUGGAGGGACUAACUUUGGCCGAACAACUGGUGGACCUUUCAUUUCUACGAGUUAUGAUUAUGACGCACCUAUUGAUGAGUAUGGAAUUAUUAGACAGCCCAAAUGGGGCCAUCUUAAAGAUUUGCAUAAGGCCAUAAAGCUUUGCGAAGAAGCACUGAUAGCUACCGAUCCAACAAUUUCAUCUCCUGGUCCAGAUCUAGAGACUGCAGUUUACAAGACAGGAUCUGUAUGUGUUGCCUUCCUUGCCAACAUUGGCACGUCCGAUGCAACGGUUACCUUCAAUGGCGAUUCAUAUCACUUGCCUGGAUGGUCUGUGAGCAUCUUACCAGAUUGCAAGAGUGUUGUUCUAAAUACUGCAAAGAUUAAUUCUGCAUCUAUGUUUUCAAGCUUCGCAACUGAGUCUUUACAACAAGAGGUUGAUUCUUUGGGAAAUUCAAGUUCGGGAUGGAGUUGGAUUAGUGAACCGGUCGGCACUUCAAAGGCUGAUACAUUCUCAAAACCCGGACUAGUUGAGCAAAUAAACAUGACGGCGGAUAAAAGUGACUACCUGUGGUACACAACAAGCAUUGAUGUUCAAGAUAUUUCCGGUGCUCAACCUGUUCUUCAUAUUGAAUCCCUUGGUCAUGCCCUUCAUGCUUUUAUAAACGGGAAACUUGCAGGGAGUGGAGUAGGAAGCAGCGGAAACGCUACGGUCAAGGUGGACAUCCCUAUUACACUUGUAUCUGGGAAGAACAAGAUCGAUCUCCUGAGUUUAACAGUGGGACUACAGAACUAUGGAGCUUUUUAUGACUUAGUGGGCGCAGGGAUCACUGGCCCAGUAACAUUGAAAGGUUUGAAAAAUGGAAGUACUGUUGAUCUCUCCUCACAGCAAUGGAUGUAUCAGAUUGGUCUUCAAGGUGAAGAUUUAGGUCUGUCUAGUGGAAGUGUUGGACAGUGGAAUUCACAGUCCACCUUACCUACAAAUCAACCUUUGACUUGGUACAAGACAAACUUCAUCGCUCCUUCUGGAAGUAACCCAGUUGCAAUUGAUUUCACGGGGUUGGGAAAAGGAGAAGCCUGGGUGAAUGGACAGAGCAUUGGGCGAUACUGGCCAACAUACGUCGCUCCAACUUCUGGUUGUACUGACUCAUGCAAUUAUAGAGGAUCCUAUUCUUCAUCGAAGUGUCUCAAGAACUGUGGAAAACCAUCUCAGACAUUAUAUCAUGUACCGCGGUCGUGGUUGCGAUCAGACAGCAACAUUCUCGUAUUGUUCGAGGAAAAAGGAGGCGACCCUACAAAAAUAUCUUUUACUACAAAACAGAUAGAAAGUGUGUGUUCACAUGUAUCAGAAUCUCACCCUCCACCUAUAGACACGUGGAAUUCGGAUACAGAAUCAGGAAGAAAGGUUGGUCCCGUACUGUCAUUGGAGUGCCCUUAUCCUAAUCAGGUGAUUUCUUCAAUUAAAUUUGCAAGCUUUGGAACUCCUCAUGGAACUUGCGGAAACUUCAACCAUGGACGCUGCAGCAGCAAAAAGGCUCUAGCCAUUGUGCAAAAGGCCUGCAUUGGAUCAAGAAGUUGUAACAUCGGAGUGUCAAAUAAUGCAUUUGGAAAUCCAUGCCGAGGAGUAACAAAGAGUUUAGCUGUUGAAGCUGCUUGUACAUAG